AUGAGCUCCCAUUCUCCUCCGCGUAAAUCGCGGCUUGCCACCAGCGUUGCGAGAGUAAUGUAUACUAAUGCAGUAUAUUUUUCCAACAACCGGGUAUACCAAGGGGACACUCCUGCCAUGCUGAAUUACAGCUGCGUCAACCGUGUCUACUAUGCAUACGCGAGCGUAGGUCCAGAUGGCGGUGUGUUUUUAAGCGAUGAGUGGGCGGAUGCCAGAGCUCCGAUAGACGGAGUACAAGGUGCUUUAGGAUCUUUGAUGCACCUCAAACAACGGCAUCCUCACCUUCAAGUUGUGUUGUCAAUUGGGGGAGGAGCCUGCUCGAAUCUUUUCCCUGUAGUUGCUGGGAAUGCUCAUCUACGGGAAAAUUUGGCCCGGUCCGCCUUGGGACUGGUAGAAGCAUCUGGGCUGGAUGGCAUUGACAUUGCAUGGGAGUAUCCUUGCAGUGUCGAACAAGGCAAUGACUUCUUGGCUCUGUUGGCGACGAUUCGAUUACACUUGCCAGAUGAUCGCUAUAUUCUGACUGCCGCUCUGCCCGCAACCAAAUCUGUGCUGCAAUUCAUUGAUUUGCGCAUGGCUGCCGACUAUCUGGAUGCCGUCAACCUCAUGGCGUAUGACUUCUUCGGUAUGUGGACACCGAAAAGCGGCCAUCAUUCCCAAUUGUAUGCAAUGUCUCGGGACGAACCCUCUGGUUCAUCAGGCGUCGCCCAUUUGAUGUCCCAUGGAUUCCCUUCGGGUGGUAUUCUGCUUGGUAUUCCUACAUAUGGCCGCAGCUUCCAGCAUGCCACAGGACCAGGCCAAAAAUUCAAGGGGGGUGGCGGUAAUGAUGGCACAUUUGAAUAUAACCAGCUUCCCCGGAAAGGAUGUAAGGAGUCGGUGGACAAACGACACAUUUCGGCCCAGUGCGUGGGAGGUGAUGGGGGUUUCGUGACAUACGAUAAUCCCGAUACGGUGAAAGCGAAGGCAUCAUUUGCAAAGCAAAAAGGACUAGGUGGUCUUUUCUAUUGGAAUGGAACGGCCGACUCUAAAGAAACAUCCAGAAGCCUGGUUGCAGCAGGCUUUCGUGCGUUACACACGUCGUAA